AAAUUCGGUGCGCUGAGAAGUUCUGGCAGCACCAGCACCAAGAUGGGACUUCCGCCAUGUUCGACGCCUCCAGUCCCGCCGCCUGAUGCGCCGGAAAGGAAUACAGAAACAAACGGGCGCGUCACGAUUCCAUACGUCCGAGAGUGGGUGUCGAAAUGGGCCAAAAUGGCCCAGUUCAACGCCGCCGUCGUCAACGGCGAAAACGUGUCAAAAGAAUGGCUCCACGAAGUUGGAUUCUCUCAGCCGAUCGUCGUCUUGGACCGGGCCAGCCUCGGUCUCUCAGUUCCAAGCAUUGCAGUAGACGAUCUUGUGUCCGUUGUCGGCAAGGACACGCCAGUGCCAGUGAUGGAGGUGAACUCGCAAUGUGCGGCUGGAAACUGGUCAUUGGAGCGGUGGAUGUCGUACAUGAAAACUCCACCAGUCGACAGGACACAGGCACUGACAGUGCCGUCCUUCGGCCACCCCGCGCUGUCGUCGCUGAUCACGCCCCCUCACUUUGUGAACGAAGUGGGAUGGAUGGAAACGUUGUGGGCCAAGGACCGCCCCAUGCCGCCGACCCAAACGUUUUGCGUGAUGGCGACCAAGGAUUCGUUUGUCGACUUCCGAACGAGCCCGGGCGGCGCCACGCUGUGGUACUCGAUCGUUUGCGGGAAGCAAGUCGUGUACGUCGUGCGCCCGACGUCGGACCACCUGAGCAAGUACAAAGCAUGGGCGAAAGACAAGCUGGCGACUGUGUGCUUUGGCGACGUGGCCUCUGGCUGCGAACACAUCGUGCUGACCGCAGGAUCGACGCUGUUGGUGCCGCCGGGCUGGAUUUACGCGAUCGCAACACUUGACCAAGAUGCCAUGGCGUUUCAAGGGCACGUGUUGGACAGCGUCGACCUGGCCAAGCAGCUCGCGUGCUACGCGGUGGACGUCGACGUAUACGGCCAGUCGCAAUUUCCGCAGCACGACGACGCGAUGUGGCACGUGGCGUGCGCGCAUCUAGCCCGCACGGGCCAGGACGACGUCGACCUGUCUGCGUUGGUGCGCCUCCUCAAACCGUCGGUGGAAGCCACCGAGAUCGCCAAGGCGCACGGGUUCACGUCCGCCGAUUCCGUUCUCCAUGCUCUCAAGUCGACAGUCCCGACUGACUCGAGUGGGUCGGACACCUCCAGCAGCAGCAGCGACAGCGACAGCAGCAGCAACGACGACUCGAGCUUGACGUCGACUGUGUCGGACGUGGACGUCGAGUUCCCCAAGUUUUACAAGAACAACGUCAGGAGCGCCAAGUACCCGCUCAAAGUUCUCACACCACUGGUCAUUCCAAAGCUCCAAGUUGGCCGGACGCCGUUGAUGACACCGACGACAUCCUCCAAGGGUACGCCCAAAGCCAAGCGAAAGCCACGAGCCAAGGCCGCGGCGGAGCAAUGGUACUUUGAGUGCAGUUGUGGCGAGAAAGGCUCCAACUACGACGACGGGAAGCGGAUGGUCCAGUGCGAAAAGUGUGCCACGUGGCAGCACACUGACUGCGCCGGCAUCCCCGACGACAGCGAGCCGCCCGCGGGGUACAUGUGCUUUCAAUGUCAUCAGAUCGCGACCCACGGCGACGGCACCGCCGCCCCUGCCGAAUGGACAGUGAACUGCAGUUGCGGCAUCGUCGCGGCCAACUACGACGACGGGUGCCGCAUGAUUGCGUGCGACUUGUGUAAUACGUGGCAGCACACGCUGUGCGCAGGAAUUCCCAACGACUGCGACCCCCCGGACGUGUACAUGUGCCGGAACUGCAAGAGUGCAAAGAAGACGAGGGCGAAGGCAUCGCCGAGAGCCGUCAAGUCCCCCAAGGCGAUCAAGUCGCCCAAGGCCCGGCCUCAAGGUCGAAAACCGGCGAGGAAGCCUCCGUCAAGCUCUGAAGAUGACGACGACGCCGACGACGAAUCACCACCGGUUGUCGUGGCAUCGUCGUCGUCCAAGCGAUCGUCGAAACGGUCCAAAACCACCGCGAUGUCCCCCACGUCCGGCGAGAACGUCCGCCCUGUGCUGAAAACAUCCACGGUGGCCACGAUCCCCGUGUCGAAGCCCAAGAAACCGACGUCGGUACGGGAGCGACUGGUGAAGAAGCUCAAGAUGAAGCCAACGUGGGGACGCAUGUAAUAGAAAGAGUCGAGAUUUGUCGAGGCCGUCGUGCCGAGUCACCGUGCACAACGACGGGACCAGUGCAUAAGCUGUGGAUGCACAUCAAGUUUGGUGGGGAAAGGAAGUGCACGGCAUGCAGUGCGGUGGAUGGCGGCGUCCAUCGCCGACGCCUCACCCGCGGGAGCCGUCGAGCGAUUUGAUUGGCUGACGGGAAAUGCAAGAAAU